AUGUCAUUUCAAGUUGGUGAAGCCCUCGUUGGUGAUGGUAAUGAAGUCGCACACAUCGAUCUGAUCAUCGGCGACAAGAGUGGUCCUGCGGGGAUCGCUUUCGCAAAUGCUCUGUCAACUCAGUCACACGGUCACAGCAAUCUGCUGGCAGUCCUUGAGCCAAAUCUCGCUGUCAAACCAGCAACUGUCAUGAUCACCAAAGUGACUAUCAAAGGUGCAAAACAAGCUGUUCAAAUGUUUGGACCUGCUCAGCGAGCUGUUGCUGAUGCAGUUGCGAAUUGUGUCGCUGAGGGAACCAUUCCUAAAGAUCAAGCAGAAAACCUCUGCAUCGUUUGCGGUGUGUUCAUUCACUGGGAAGCUGAUGAUGAUCAGAAGAUUUAUCAGUACAACUACGAAGCAACCAAGCUCUCAAUUGAGCGAGCAAUGAAAAACGAGCCAAGUGCUGACGAAAUGGUUGCUAAGAAAGAUAGCUCUGCCCAUCCAUUCUUUGCUAAGAGCUAA